ACAUUCUAAAGGGAAAAACCCCAGGACUUUGAAAAACGCUUCUGGGUUGUAAAUUUGGUAAGAGGCUUCCUUAGCCUCUAACAAGAUUUUCAUGCAUAUGGAAAGGUUAAAGAAAGGAUCCAAAAGCCCUGGGUUUUUUAUGGAGUUGCUCUAAGAAAAAGAACAGGAAAAACAGACCCUUUGGACAAGGAAAAAUUCUUUUUUUAAAAAAAAUUUACUCUUGUGAGUUUAUCUCAUUGGCCCAAGACUUAAUAGCUAGUAAGAGGCAGAACUACCAUUUGAACCCGAGGAGUUGAAGCCUCAAAUCUGGGUUUUUAAUCUCUAUGCUGUACUUUUGUACUUUUUUUUUUUAAUCAUCAGAAAUAGUCAUGUGAAUGGUUUAAAGAAGUCUUUUUUUCUAUCAGGUUUGGAAGUGGUUUGGGGCUUUGUAAUUUAUAUCCUCAUUAUAAAAGGAAUGUAUGCCCAUUAUAGAAAGAUUAGGAAAUACAGAACUGUAAAAAGGAAAGAAACGAAAUUACCCAUAAUCUCAAGGUUUAGAGAUAACACUGUUAACAUUUUUAAUGCAUUUUGCACUGGAGCUGUACUACGCAUGGUAUUUCUUCCUAAAUUUUUAUUAAGGAAAGGCCCAAACAGAGAAAAUAGUGUAAUGAAACCUGCCCACCACCCCAUCAGUCGUCUGCAACCCUUGUCAAAGUUUUCCCUAUCUAAUUGUGUCCAUUCCCCUUCUCACACAAAAUACUUUUGGGGAGAUUGGAAGGAAGAGAAGAUGGAAUAAUUUAAAACUAAAAACAAACCCCAGUCAUGGAGUCACUAGAAUUUAAAAUCCAUUAACAUAAAUUGAUGAUAUAUGAAGAGCAAAGGAAAGCAACUGUUAACUUCAUGGUUUUCAUUCCUGGUAGCCAGGAGGAUGGUAGUUAUGUAGGUAAAGUUUAGGGACAUAGAAGCAUUGAAAGUUGGAGAGAAAUAAUUAUGAAUUUGGUUUCUCUAUUUUGAAGUUUGACUUGAAACAGUCCAGUCUUCUAAAUCUUGGUUUCUGAUCUGUUUCUCUCUUUGGCUGUGUGCUACUUUGUUGCAGGGAGAAUGUCAUAUUCUUUAAAGUGUACUUAGCACCAAAGACUGGCAGGGAGAAAUUCUUCAGUAUUUGUGGCUGGUGUAGCUGCCCAAUAUCCUGAAACAGAGGCCUGCAGCUCAGUUAGAUUUUAUUCAAAAUUCCUGAAAUGGACUUAGGAAACAGCAAAGGAGAACAAUAUAAACUUUAGUGAUCCUUUAUCUCACUUUCAAUGGGUUGCAGUAUCUACUAAUUUUUUUCACAGCAUUCAAAAGUUGAUAUACAUUAAUUAUGGAUAAUAUUUUAAUGGUCUAAAGAAAACUUAUUUAGAAACCAACUAUCUCUAAUUUAUGUGUCCUGUGUUUAUCAUCUGAGAAUAUUUGCUAACUUGUAGUAGGUGGUCGUGAGUCAGGCAGAGUUUCCAGUGCUUUUACAUGUAUUGAUUACAUGUAUCUUCCUCAUAUCAAUCCUACUAUUAUUUCCAUUUUACAAAUGAAGAAGAAGGGACAGAGUUCACCAAGUAAGUGGCAGAACGAGUAUUUAACCUAUAGGCAGCCUGAGUCCGAGUCUGUGGUCGUGGUUAUCAUGCAUGGUUCGUAUUCGUCUGCAAGACAAGAACUCACAAGAAGUCUUAACGGAGCAGGGAAUAUUUAAGCUAUGACCUAGAAAUGAAUAGAGCAGCAGUAUAUGACAAGAAGGAACAGCAGAUACAAAAAAGCUUUUUGUAGCAGUACAAGCGAUUCACCAUGGCUGGACAUGUAGCGUGGAAAGCAGAUUUGAAGAGGGAAGCAAGCAUAUGGAAGAUUCCUGUUCGUGAGGCUGGCCAAAGUAUUUGGACCUUCCCUUAAGGGCACUGGAUAGACAUGCAUGUGAAAAGGAUUGAAUUUCCAUGUUAGGCUACAGCUUUCUGGCAUCAGGAAGGAGAAAAAAUUGAUCGAAGUUCAACAUUCUGUUCAUGUUGAUUAUACAAGAUGUGGUUAGUGUAAUGGUUACCUCUCAGGCUCUGGCUGUCAAAUGCCAAAUUUUGAAACCUGGCUCUAGUACUUACUAAUUUAGUAACAUGGGCAAAUUACUUAACUCUCUCUGCCUCUGGCUCUGUUGUAAACUGUAAAAUAGAGGAAAUAAUAGUAUUUACCUAAAAAAAGUUGUGAAGAUGAAGUGAGAUCCCGGAGUCUAAAGAGUUGGGAGCAGUCCCUGGCACACACUAAGUGCUCCAUAAGAGGUAGCUGCUAAGGAUAACAGAAAAAGGAAUAUAUGUUCAGAAAUGAGAAAUGCAAAAAUAUAUUGUCAUGGAUAUAUGGAUAGUUGUAGGUAUUCCUCUCUUCUCUCCAGUCUCAUUUCUUUGAAACAUCAAUUCUGUCAUACUGUUAAUGGAAAUAAUCAAUAAUCAACCUAUAAUAAGAAUAGAAGAGAGUUUUAUUUGAGCCAAACUGAAGACUGUAGCUUGGGAGACAGCCUCUCAGAUAGCUCUGAGGAACUGUUCCAAAGAAGCAUAGUUUUCAGCACAGUUUUAUAUCUUGUCAGAACAAAGAACAUCAAACAUGACAGGAGUAUAUUCCUUCAAGGUUUCAAAAAAGACAUUAGCACUCACAUUACGAGUCAGCAUGGCCUCAGCUCCAGGGAGCCUUAUCAUUGAAGGAAAGCUAGCAUUGACAUCCCAGAAAGGGAGGCAUUUUUCUCUCUUCAAGACGGGCAUUCUUUACUUCUGGACACUGCACACUUUUUAUAAAAAUUUUUUUAAAUAAUUAAUAUAUUUAUUAUUUAUUUAUUUAUUUUUGGCUGCAUUGGGUCUUUGUUGCUGCACGCAGGCUUUCUCUAGUUGUGGUGAGCAGGGGCUACUCUACGUUGCGGUGCGCGGGCUUCUCACUGCGGUGGCUUCUCUUGUUGCGGAGCACGCUAGGCACUCAGGCUUCAGUAGUUGUGGUGUGCGGGCUCAGUAGUUGUGGCUCGUGGGCUCUAGAGCACAGGCUCAGUAGUUGUGGCACAUGGGCCUAGUUGCUCCGCGGCAUGUGGGAUCUUCCUGGACCAGGGCUUGAACCUAUGUCCCCUGCAUUGGCAGGCGGAUUCUUAACCAUUGGACCACCAGGGAAGUCCUGCACCCUUUUCUUCAAUGGUUAAAGCAGAUGUAUGUUUACUAGGCCACAAAACAGGCUGUUUUAGUUAGUGUAAAGUGUAAAGUUAAAUUACGUAAAAGCCAGAAUGUCUUCCCCAUACCUCAGUAUGUGCAAAUUUCUUCCAUCAAUAUAUUUGAACAGUCUUUGUAGUGACUAUUGUAUAAACACCUAAUUAACAACAACGUGCUUGUCUUUCAAGUUCAGAAACUCCCUGAGGAUCGAUUACAAUGGCCCUGAUUUGAGAAAUUGAUCACACAGUCCAUGCUGAAGCUUGUCUUUGCACUCCAUGUGUUGUUGUCCUCAGCAGCCAAGUUCUGAAUUAUUUGACUGUUCUGUUAACAAUAGUGGAAAUCGACAAUACAAUCUGCCCCUGUUGCAUUUUUUGGGUUUUUCACUCAUCUAAAAAUCGUCUAAAACUGCAUUUUAAGCCUAUCAUUUCCCCUCUCCCCCCUUUUUUUCCUCUGGUAGAGGGGGUACAGUUCUAUUACACUGAUCUGUUUCUUGCAGUCCUUUAAGAUUCUGACUCUUCAAAUAUUUGUUUAUCAUGUUUUGUUUGUAAGUGAGAUAAAGCUAAGCUCUACCGGCGUCAGAGAACUGCUUCACACGAAGGGGAUCCUGGAAGUCGUUGGCCGAGAACUCCCAAGAGUUUGGGGUUGUUUUGUUUUGUUUUAAAGCUCCAAAGGGGAGGACACGGCCCUUCCUCCUCUUGGGGCUCUGGGAAGUGUAUUCCCCUGGACUCUAUCCGGAAACGGCGGGCUGCGGCGUGUCUCCGGGGCUUCUGGGAAGUGUAGUUCCGAGCGCUGUGUAGUCAGAGGCACUUCCGCUCCGGGAAAGCGAGGCAGCCACCAUUUUUUUCGAUCCGGGAGGUGAGUCGGCCCUGCACCCCCCAAGACCCCUGCGAGCGUUUUCGGCCUGAGCGUGGGACUAGUCGCUACCUAGGCGGCUGUCUUAGAUGGAGAAGUCGCGGCCGCCGGCGGAGGCUGAGAGGUGGAGGGCGGAAGUGCGGCAUCCUGCUCUCCUCCCCCGUUUACCAAGCAGAGCUGCUACUUCUGUCGGUACAAUAUAUGGCGAGUUGUUGAUUAUCCGUGCGUCCUACUUUCCUCCUCUGUAAGAUAGCGGGAGAGACGGUCACUACUGGGUAGGGUUGUGAUUAGAAUCGAGUGAGACCAUACGUGUCAACAGCUUCGAACGCUGGUGGCACAUAACGGGUUGGCUUUUGCUAUUGCUGCAGUUAAUUUUCUCACGAGCGCCCUUUUCUUUUUCUUUUUCUUUUUCUUUUUUUGCGGUACGUGGGCCUCUCAGUGUUGUGGCCUCUCCCGUUGCGGAGCGCAGGCUCAGCGGCCAUGGCUCACGGGCCCAGCCGCUCCGCGGCAUGUAGGAUCUUCCCGGACCGGGGCACGAACGCGUGUCCCCUACAUCGGCAGGCGGACUCUCAACCACUGCGCCACCAGGGAAGCCCACGAGCGCCCUUUUGACUGGACGCCCCAGUGAAGGGACAGAGCGUGGAGCGAUGGCACGGCCCUUCUGUCAGACGUCGGGAGACAGCCCUUCCCGAGCUUUUCCUGAUCUCGUUUUUUAGGAAGCACCGGGUCACCCCGCGCUAGUGCCUGGGGACGUCCCGUGGCAGUGUAUCCGGCAGACGGAUACAGUCGUGCUCUUCCACCACGUCCUUUUCUUCGCCAGUCCUGAAUUCGGAAACGGGAGGAAGGAAGGACCUCUUGGCCCCUCACAGCAUAGCCCCAGCUGCAAGAAAAAGGGACUCCUGUAUUUUUAGAACUUUCCGUCUACUCCUUGAAUCCUUGGAACAACUCUAUGAGUUAUGCCUUCUCAGGACUCUGACCUUCCCCGGAAGGAGUGGGAGAAAAUGACUGAGUUUCAGGAGGCGGUGACCUUCAAGGACGUGGCCGUGACCUUCACCGAGGAGGAGCUGGGGCUGCUGGACUCCGCCCAGAGGAAACUGUACCAGGAUGUGAUGGUGGAGAACUUCCGGAACCUGGUCUCAGUGGGACAUCUUCCCUUCAAGCCAGAUAUGGUGUCCCAGUUGGAGACAGAAGAAAAGGUUUGGAUGAUGGAGAGAGAAACCCAAAGAAACGGGCAUUCCAGUGAGAACCGCAAAGCUGUUAUUUCAGGCAGCAAGAAUCACGAUGAGGUGGAGAUUCUUGGAAAAGUCGCAUUAAAAUACCUUUCACGUGAAGAGCCGUCUUGCUGGCAAAUCUGGAAACAGGUCGCAAGUGAUUCAACGUGCUGUCUUCAGAGGAGGACUUCCCAUUUCCUACAAGGUGAUUCUCAGGUUUCUGAAAAUGAGAACCAUGUGAUGAACCACAAAGGCGAUAGUUCCAGUUACCUUGAAAAUCAAGAGUUUUUGAUUUCGAGAACCCAGGAUUCCUAUGGGAAUACGUGUGUGAGUGAGUCAGCGAAUCAGAGUAGAGGUAAGCAAACGAACGGGAAAAACAACCCACGUAUAUGUGAAGCCUUCAUGAAGAAAUCAGCCCUGAGUGAUCCUGUGAAAACUGACACAGAACAGAAACCCUGCAAAGGAGAGAUAGCGUAUCCCUGUAGAGAGUGUGGGAAAAGCUUCAGUGAUAGUGAAGUGCUCCCAAUUCAUCCGAGGGUUUGCCUGGGAGAGAAAUGCUCCCAUCUGCAAAGUCAUCAAAGAAUUCACCCGCGAGGGAAAGUCGAUACAUGUGAAUCCAGCGAUGGUUUCAACAGGAACUCCUUUCAUCCCCGUCAAUCUAAUCACACGGGAGAGAAGUCCUAUAGGUGCGACAGUUGUGGCAAGGGAUUCAGUAGCAGCACAGGCCUUACCAUCCACUACAGGACACACACGGGGGAGAAGCCUUACAGGUGUGAGGAGUGCGGUAAAUGCUUUAGCCAAAGUUCAAAUUUUCAGUGCCAUCAGAGAGUCCACACCGAAGAGAAACCAUACAAGUGCGACGAGUGCGGGAAGGGCUUCAGCUGGAGCGUUAACCUUCGUGUUCACCAGAGGGUCCACAGGGGUGAGAAACCCUAUAAGUGUGAGGAGUGUGGGAAGGGCUUCACGCAGGCCGCGCAUUAUCAUAUACAUCAGAGGGUCCACACCGGGGAGAAACCCUACAAAUGCGAUGUCUGCGGCAAGGGGUUCAGUCACAAUUCCCCUUUGAUAUGCCACCGGAGGGUCCACACUGGAGAGAAACCGUACAGAUGUGAGGCGUGCGGGAAGGGCUUCACCCGUAACACAGAUCUUCACAUCCACCUCCGUGUCCACACGGGAGAGAAACCCUACAAAUGCAAGGAGUGCGGGAAGGGCUUCAGUCAGGCUUCCAAUCUGCAAGUCCACCAGAACGUCCACACCGGGGAGAAACGAUUCAAAUGCGAGACGUGUGGGAAGGGCUUCAGUCAGUCAUCAAAGCUUCAGACCCACCAGAGAGUCCACACAGGGGAAAAGCCCUACAGAUGCGACAUGUGCGGUAAGGACUUCAGUUACAGUUCAAAUCUUAAACUGCACCAAGUCAUUCACACUGGAGAAAAACCAUAUAAAUGUGAGGAGUGUGGGAAGGGCUUCAGUUGGAGAUCAAACCUUCAUGCACAUCAGAGAGUCCACUCAGGAGAGAAACCCUACAAAUGUGAGGCAUGUGAUAAGAGCUUCAGUCAGGCCAUAGAUUUCCGGGUCCAUCAGAGGGUCCACACGGGUGAGAAACCCUACAAGUGUGGUGUCUGUGGGAAGGGCUUCAGCCAGUCCUCUGGUCUUCAGUCCCAUCAGAGGGUCCACACUGGGGAGAAGCCCUACAGAUGCGACGUGUGUGGAAAGGGCUUUCGUUACAGUUCACAGUUUAUAUACCACCAGAGGGGCCACACUGGUGAAAAGCCUUACAAAUGUGAGGAGUGUGGGAAAGCCUUCGGGCGGAACCUGAAUCUUCGCCAUCACCAGAGGGUCCACACAGGAGAGAAACCCCACAAGUGUGAGGAGUGUGGGAAGGCCUUCAGUCUCCCCUCCAAUCUUAGAGUCCAUCUGAGUGUUCACACUCGGGAGAAACUGUUUAAAUGUGAAGAGUGUGGGAAGGGCUUCAGUCAGAGUUCUCGGCUUUACGCCCACCAGAGGGUCCACACAGGAGAAAAACCAUACAAGUGUGACAUAUGUGGUAAGGACUUCAGUCACCGUUCACGGCUUACAUACCAUCAGAAAGUCCACACUGGCAAGAGUCUUUAAAAGUGAGAAGUCUGUUAAUGACUUCAGUCAGGAUGCACACCUUCAAGGUUUUGGAGAGUCCAUGCUGCUGGUAAACUCUAUGAAGUAUUGAGAGUGGAAAGGGAUUCCUUCAGAUGGAAUCUUCCCAGCAAAUCCAUUAAAAUGGUGACAUAGAACCAUACAUAGUAAUGGGAGAAAUAGGUUGUAACCCUCUUGGUAAGAUCCACGUGAUACAAAUGAUCUCUCAAAGUGUAUAUAUGCCUAAAGACAGUGUGUGAAAAGGAUAUUUGCCGUAUACUAACUAGUUUUUUUUUUUUGAGGUGGGAUGUCAAGGAGGGCUUUGGGGUUAUUUUUCCAUCAACUUCCAUUUUAUACUUGUUUACAGUGACCGUUAUUUUUACUAAAGCUGUAAAACUAUGAAAUGAAUAAAAUUACUAAAAAUUUCCUGUAGUGAAGAAUUUGUAAUAUGAUUGCUUUAUUUCAUAUGAUAUAUUGGAUUAAAAUUAAGGAAUAGAUCCCCAGAGAUGAACCUUUGAUCAUCAGAAGUAAAUACAUAUCUGCCGCAGAUGUAUAUAAAGGAAUGUUCAUUGCAUUAUUGUUUAUAAUAGCAAACAGAAAUAAUCAGUUGGGUUGCCAAAGUAUUUUAUGAUUUACUUAUCCAGUGCAAAUUGUUGCUAUGGAUGUUGGAAGAUGUCCAGAAUACAUUAACCUGGAAAAACACAAAGCAUGGAAGUUUUGUGAUCUCAUUAAAAAAGAAAAAAAAAAGGUAUUUAUUUUUACUUAUCUCUAAAUGAUGGGAUUUUGCUUGACAUAAAUUUUUGCAUUUCUUUAAACUUCUUGUUUUGAAAUAAUUUAAAACUUUCCAAAUGUUGUAAAAAUUAUAUAAAAUCUCUCAUGUACCCUGUACUCAGAUUCACCAGUUAACAUGUUUGAGUCAUUAUUCUCUUAAUGUAUGUGAAUGUGUAUAUAUGCACACACAUAUUGACAUAUGCUUUUUUUUAACCAUGAGUAUGUUCCAGACCUCCUAGCCUUUGCAUCUGAAUACUUAAGUAAUACUGUGAGAACAAGGAUAUUUACUUACGUAUCUACAGCACAAGUAUAGCAUUCAGGAAAAUUGAAUAUUGAUACAUAACGUCUAACCUCCAGACCUUAUUCACAUUUUAGCAGUUGUCUCUCUCUUUCUCUCCCUCUCCCCCUCCUCCCUCCCUCUCUCUUUCCUUUUUCUUUAUUUUUUUGGUAGGUGACAGAAUUAAAAUCAACUUAUCAACAAAUCUUCAAAGAAAGGUCUAUAUUUGCCUUCCACAUAAUUUGAUUAUUCACCAUAUGAAUAUCCAGUUGUGCCUAUACCAAUUACUGAACAUUUCCCUUGUUCCCCACUACUUUGCAGUGCCACUUUUGAAGAAAAUCAGUCAUCUAUAUAUGAUUAGAUGGAUGUCUUGACUCUCAAUUCCCUUUGAUUGGUCUACUUUUCAAUAAUUUUCCCAAUACCACACUGCUUCAGUUACCAUAGCUUUGCGAUGAGUCUUGAUAUUUGGUAGAAAACAUUUUCUCAUCUUGCUCUCUUUUUAGAUGUCUUGGCAGCUUCCAGUUAGGGUAAUAGGAGAUACAAACAGAACCACCCAUGAAGUAUGCUUUCCAAAAAAAAAUAAACCUGAAUCAAAUUGAACCUCUAAUUCUAACCACUGGUACACAGGAAAUACAUAUGGAGAAAUAUUUGUGACAACAUGAACAAAACUGUAGGGCAUAUGCUAAGUGAAAUAAGUGAGAAAGAAAAAUAAUGCAUGGUAUCAGUUAUAUGUGGAAUCUAAGGGAAAAAAAGGUCAAACUUAGAACCAUGUAGUGUGAUGGUGGUGGUUGCCUGGGGAAUGGGGAGAGGUUGGUUAUAAAAAGGGUACAAACUUUCAGCUUUAAGAUGAACAAGGUCUGAGGAUCUAAUCUAUGGUGACUACAGUUGAUGAUGCAGUAUUGUAUAGUUUAAAUUUGCUAAGAGAGUAGAUAUUAAAAGUUCUCACUCUUCUCCCCCCAGAAGAGUUAGCUAUGUGAAGUGAUGAAUGUGUUAAUUCACCUGUGGGAGUCCUUUCACAAUGUAUAUCAAUUCAUCACAUAUACUUUAAAUAUAUUACAAUUUUACUUGUCAGUUAUACCUCAUAAAGCUGAAAAAAGUUGUAUUUGUUACCGUUAUCUGAGCAGGAUACCCCACUUAUGCACCUACUUUUUGAAUAAUUGUGGCUCAUUGAUUUAGACCAUC